ACGACGACGAUGAUGAAGAUUCAAAUGCUGCGCGUUCGAUAAAAGGCUAAUUACUCGUCGAGCUUCUUCAAUCCAUGUGGCGUUUAACUUCCAGUUUUCUAGGCAGAACUUGUGCUACGAUUCGGUUGCUUUUACAUGAUACUUCGAUCGAAACCCAAAGGCUUGCACUGGUUCGCUUCUACGUUCCGGGUUCAGCAGCAGCCUCCUCUAGCCCGAGCUUGUCGAUAUGGAGGCGGAAGAAGGAAAUGACCAAAGAGGGUUUGAUUGCGGCCAAGGAACUAAAGCGCCUCCAGUCCAACCCGGUCCGAUUGAGCCGCUUCAUCCUCUCUCACGUCUCGCGCUUGCUCAAGUCUGACAUCGUAUCUGUUCUCGCUGAGUUCCAAAGGCAAAACCAGGUUUUUCUAUCCAUGAAGUUAUAUGAUGUGGUGCGUAAAGAAAUAUGGUACCGUCCGGAUAUGUUCUUUUACAGAGAUAUGCUUAUGAUGCUUGCUAGAAACCGAAAGGUAGACGAGUCAAGGCAGGUUUGGGAAGAUUUGAAAAGAGAGGAAGUUUUGUUUGAUCAGCAUACCUUUGGAGACCUUGUCCGAACGUACUUAGACAAUGGACUACCAUCGGAGGCCAUGGACAUAUAUGAUGAAAUGAGACGAUCCCCUGACCCUCCUUUGUCUUUGCCUUUUCGAGUAAUCCUGAAAGGGCUUAUUCCUUAUCCAGAGUUGAGAGAGAAGGUCAAAGACGAUUUCUUGGAGCUUUUCCCGGACAUGAUUGUGUACGAGCCACCAGAGGACUUGUUUGGAGAUCAAGAGUCGAGAGGCGGGAGUGACAGCGAGUAGAGUAUGCCGGUCACUUCAUUACCUAGGCCUUGCUUAUGAAGGGGGUUUCGGGUCGGAGCCGAUACAAGGU